CUGAUGGAUAGUUUAUUAGCAGAGGUGGAAGGGAGUUAUAGAGAUUACAAACGAACAGUUUCAGCUAUGUAGCAGAUGUGGUUUGGUGUUCACGGGGAGAAAUGAAGCCCGAAAAAGGCGGACCAGACAUGGAGGACACUUUGUGGGUUCCCGCGGAUUUGUUUGCUGAGAUUGGAUUGCUAGUGACUGAGGCCAGAACCCCCGAUCUGUCCCCUAAAGGGCGUGUGGAGGGCCCCCAUGUUCUCCCCGUACAGGGGGCCAGAGCUCAUGUUUGUGAUAAACACCGACAACAGUGCAGGAAGACAGACCUUCAGAAAAAGCACAUGUACAUGUUGUCAAAGAAUAUGAUACCAAUGCGGAUUGAUGUGUUUCUGAUGCCGAAUUGUGAUCAUGGUCAGCUGGAAGCUUGUACUGUGGUUGGUCCAAUUACUGCGAGUCAGGAAGAUAUGACAUUACUAGAGAGAUGGGAUGUCCAGAUUUUAUCCAAACGAAGGUUGGAGAGAUGUGAUGCCACGUUUGUGACUGGGAGAGUUCUCCUGCAGGCUAUACGGAGUUACCUCCACUUCUCACAGCUUAGUUCCUGGCUGACUUCACAGAGGGGACACCUUCCAGUACAGGUGGUGUACAGAAUUUAUGCCCCUGGUGAGUCAGUGUGUCAUGGAUUCACGUCUUUGCCCGAGAAGCAUCACUUCCCGAUCGCAGAUCUGUCACAUGCAGCAAUAAGAGCAGAGGUGUCAUCCAUUCCUCGCCAGCAGACUAUUCCAAUAUUUCUGUGCAUGGAAGAAGAUGCUACGACUGGCAUAACACGCAAACGAAAGAGUCCAGUGCAGCCAGACGAUAUCUGUUCAAGGGAAGUUACUCCGUUUACUGAACCCAAUGAAAAGAAACAAAACCUACCAGUUAAGAAGCCUUUUCCUGCCAGGCUUGUGCAAGGCUAUGAUAAAGAUACAACCUGUGUUCAAACCAGUAGUAAUAGGUCGCUCCAAGAGGUCCCAGACAAGUCUAAAAGUGUGUGGAAACAAAGAGAUCAACCUCAGUCUUCAGGUUCCUCCUCAUCCCUGAAUCCUACAUCAACUUCCCAAAAAGAUGAUGUGCAAGGGAAAUCUUUCUGGUCAAAUUGUUCAAUUUCUUAUGAAACACAAUAUGAAUCCAGAAAACCACCAAAAUGUCAACCCUCUAAAAGGACCAAAAAUGUAGGAUACUUUUCUGUUGUUGAUUUUAAUGAACCACAAGGAAGUAGAUGUAAACAGCAGCCGAAUUCUGAUCAGAACCUCGACUCUGUUCAGUCCUGUUCAAGAUUGAAUCAUGAAUAUGAUGAACCCAAAAUCGACAUUACAGACAAGAUUUCUGCAAUGAAACAAACUUUUAAGGGAAAUCCCUUGAAUUUGUCAGAUCAUCGCCAUGAAGUGGCCUACACCAAAGGUCAUGAACCCUCUGUUCUUAUUAAACGUUUACCUAGCCCAAAAGUCCUCCUCACUAGUACCGGAAAUACCAAAGGAUCUUCAGUGUUCUUUAAGCGUCGGAAGAUCGACCUCGGUGCUCCUGGAGAUGAGUAUGAUACGUUUACGGAAGAUCGUAUUCUGUCGGAUGCAAUUAGUGAUUCAGUGAAGCCACUGAAAUCGGAAGAUAUUGAAGCCUAUCUAUCUAGUCUUUCCCAUCAUGCACCUAUUUCAGAGAAAACCAGUACCACCCUCGACAACAUUCCACUGACAAAGUGUCGUUUCUACAUAGGAGAGGAUGCCAGGAAAAAAACAGAUAUUCCACAUUGUGAGUCAGAAGGCAAUAUGGCUUUGGACAGAAAUCAGUGUAAACUAGAUUCAGAUUCCAAACCCACAGUUGUACGACAUUUAUUUAAGAAGAGUCUAUCUGAACCUGGACCUAGUCUCUGUCAAUUAGAAGCUUGUGAAAUUUCCUUCAAAAAGAGUGAAAAAGAUCAUUCUGAGCCUGUUUUUUCUCAGAAAUUUUCUGUUCCUCAAAAUAUUGAAGAUUUUUCUGAAAACGGAUGUUCAGACGAUUCUACACCCACCAAUAGUCUUUCCGAUUCUACUGAAGUUCUAACAUCAAAUCGUGCUUCAUCUCAUUUACCUCCCACAACAUCCACUGGUGUUUCAAUUAAGAGAUCACCUCCAAGUUAUUCAGAUGUUUGGUCAGCAUCUUUUGACCAUGGCUUAUCAAAUGCAAAAAAAAUUCAAAAAGGGGAGGUAACUCAUGAAGUGAAGCAUGCUGUCCCAGUUCAUAAAAGUAGAGACGAUUCCUGCUUUGAAUUGGAGAAAGGAUUCUCAGGUCUUAAUAUAAAAUGUGAUUCUAGUCUUUCUGGGUCUACUUUAAACUGUGAUUGGGCAAGAACUUCAAAUCCUAGCUGUGAUUUACCCAUCGUGGAUGAUAAAGAAUUGCCUGUAAAUGGUGAAACAACAAAAUCUGAUAAUAUCUGUGAUAGAAAUAACCUUACAAAGAGUAGGAAGGCAGGGGGAACAACUCUGUGCAAACACAUUCUAAAUAAGGAACUUAAAAGGAAUUUACAUAAUGAGGAAACCAGGACUCAGUGCUUACAGAUGGAAAAACCACAGCAAGCAGACAUCUUUGAGUUCCGUCAGACUCUUGACAGGAGUUCUGCCAUGGUGUUCAAUACCUCCACUGGAUUACCCUCCCGUUCUAGUCCGGCUCCAGUGAAAAGAAAGUCCACAGGGCGAUUUGACUAUGACAAUACCCUCAUCAAUGCACGUGCCAUCAAAAAUGCACUGUCCUGUUCUAAGUUGGUGCUACAAUCUGAAAGUACUGGGGUCGCUGAUGACAACUCUAGCAAAGUGUUGAGUACAAGUGCACCAGCUUCUACCAACUGUCUCUUAGGAAACUUUGAGGAAUCCGUCUUGAAUGGUCGUAUUGAGCCAGUUGGAGUGGUCAGUGGUUUCACUGCAGAAAUUGGGGCCGGGGGAUGUUUCUGUCCAAAACAUGUGACAAUUCCUGUCACAGCCUACUUCUUCCAGCUAUCUGAUGACAAUGCCCCGUCACCCUACCUGGGUCAUAUAAACCUGGACUGUAUAGGGAAGCGGGGUUAUCACAUUCCAAAGUGUGGCACACUUCAAGUGACCCUAUUCAAUCCCAACAAAACGGUCGUGAAGAUGUUUGUUGUGAUGUAUGAUCUGAGUGAUAUGCCCCCUAACUGCCAAACAUUCCUACGACAAAGAACGUUGUAUACACCAGUGGAUUCAAACAGUACAGAGCCAUCUUACCUGCGUUAUCUUAUCCACCUCAGAAUUUCAAGUACGAAGACAGGCAAGAUCUUCCUUCACACCGAUAUACGACUGAUCUUCGCUAGAGACAAGUUUGAGUUUGACCCCAGAGUUGCCAACUACGAACUGAGAUCGUACACAGAAGGACCACAGAACCCCAAAUUCUCCCCAAAGAGGUGAUGACAGUGGAAUAUAGAGAACAUAAUGUUACAGUGUGUUGUUGAAUGAUGUUAUAUUAUUGUGCCAGUAUCCAGUUGCCAAAAUCCUGAUUAUAUGAGAGCAAUGUUAUGGUACUUUCCCUUCAGUAUGCUCAGGAGGCUUCAUGUACAAUGUAACUGGAAGUAGGGUGUGUGCUUAUUACAGAACAGUGAUAUCUGUAGUCAGACGUUACAAACGUGGUAGGUUGUUUUUCUUAACAUAGGAUUAUUGCAAAAAAAUUUUUUUUUAAAAUGGUAGCAAAUGAUAUAAACAUCCAAAUCUAUAUUAUAUAAUCUUCAAUGAUAAAGGAGAAAUUAUUAAUGUUGUUGUAGCCAGUAAAAAAUUAAAAAUUUGUUCAAAUGAUAUUACAUUAAGACAGUCAACUUUUAAUGGUACUUGUAAGUUUUAUGGUAGCCUACUGCUGGCUGAUUAACACUGUUUAACUCCAAAACAUUAUAUCAUCUUUCAAAAAUAUUCUACAUGGUGAGAAACGGAAUACAUAAGUUAGAAAAUCAAAAUUAAAACAGUAAUUUUUAAGUUUUGUUUGAAUUAUGGUGAAAUCAUAUAUUUUCAUGAGUUCAGAUUUUCUGGUUUACCAUAAAUAUAUUUUCGUUGACACUUGAAAAAAAUUUUUGGUAAAAUCUUACUCAUGAAAUCUGUUAGUCAUGUCAACUUUUUUUU